CUCUUUUCCCCCUCUCCCAGCCGAGCUAUGAUGUUGUCAAGCUUGGACAAUUAAUUGCUUCUGUGGUUCACAGGGCGAAGAGGAUGCAUGCAGAUAGGAAAGGAAGGAAGGCAGGAGGAGGGGGGGAGUCAGGCCGCAAGGCGGGCCUGCUGCAUGUUAGCCUUUAACCAGAGCUGACAGGCGGAGACAAGGGUGGGGAGGAGAGGGCAGUGGCAUGUUUCAAAGUGUGCAAUGAGGAGUUACCCUGGAAUGACAUCUGCCUUUCUGACAGGGGCUGAAUCUCCAGCAUGUCGGCCGCCAAGAUCCUGGACAAAGUCACUGGCUUGCUGACGGUCCGGAACGAAACGGUCCGGCAGGGAUUGGCGGAGGCCCUAGCAACUUUCCUCUUGAUGCUUUUUGGCCAGGGCUCUGUUGCUCAGGUGGUAUUGGGCAAGAAGAACUUUGGGGAAUACCUGAGCAUCAAUCUGGGAUUUGGAUUUGGUGUCAUGUUAGGCAUUCAUGCAGCUGGUGGAAUCUCAGGUGCGCAUAUGAAUGCAUCAAUAACAUUUGCCAACUGUGUCACAGGAAAACUUCACUGGCACAAGCUUCCGGUGUAUGUGACUGGCCAGUUCCUGGGAUCCUUUCUGGCUUCUGCUACUAUUUUUGCACUGUACUAUGAGGCUCUGCAGGAUUACACUGGGGGGAACCUGACAGUUGAUGGGCCUACCGGCACUGCAGGGAUCUUUGCCACAUACCCAGCUCCACAUAUGUCUAUAUUUGGCGGAUUUGUAAAUGAGUUCAUUACGACAGCUGUGCUCCUGAUUGGCAUCCUCUCCAUCCACGACAUGAAGAACGCAGGCGCCCUCCCAGGCACCAACGCCUUUAUCACGGGGCUUCUAGUUACCGUGAUUGGCAUGUCCAUGGGGAUGAACACUGGCUAUGCCAUCAAUCCUUCCAGGGACUUGCCACCUAGGAUCUUCACAGCCAUUGCCGGCUGGGGGCUGGAGGUCUUCAAAGCAUCAGAUUGUUGGUGGUGGGUCCCGGUUGUUGCACCGACGUUGGGGAGCCUCGCUGGCAUCUUCAUCUACAACAUCUUUGUUGACUUUCACAAUCGUCCUCAGUCAAAACCCAGUGGGAACAGCGAGACUGGAAAGCAGGACUUAGAGUGUGCAAUGAGCUAUGAGCAACGACUGUGAUAACCGAACUCUUGCCAAUUCAAGGCUGGAUUUAUGACCCUCAGGUGCUGCUUUCAACAGGUCACGAUUUCUGAGCAUUCAUUUGGGUGUCACUCUACGUAUUUAACACGUACUUAGUAAACAGAGGGGACCUUCUUGGAAGAAAAAUAAGGGGAGUGUAUCUGUUGGGCAGCAUGGAAGACUGGAGAUCACCUGCUCAUAUUUGGACUGUGCCCUGCAAUUAGAUGAGCACUGCUCCUCCCACGCAGUUGUUGGCAACUGCUGCGCUUUGAAUCACUGUGCGCAGGUAAGAGCCUUGCAGAAAUCUCUUUAGGCAGGGAUUCUCAAACCCUGUGCUAUGAAAGGUGUGCCUUGGGAAAAUACACUUUCAUGUUGUGUGCAUCCACUGCUCUAGGGGUGUGUCUGCAUGUGACCCAUACACAGCAUCAAUUUGUGCCUCUUCACCCCAAAAUGACACCAUUUUCAGGCAUCACUAUGCACUGGGAUCCCCAGUGCUGCCUUUGCUGCAGUCAGCGUUUGCAGAAGAAUACUAGAAGUAUCAGCAUCACCCAGAAAACAAAGUCCCAUCCUGAGGCAUGACAGGGCAAAGAGGAAGGGCAAUGUGACAGCAGGCGGCUGCAAAGAGAUAGCUGCCCAUUGUUCUAGGAACUGGUGGAGAAUACAGACAGAAGAAGCUGCCUUAUGUCCUUGGCCCAUCUAGCUCAGUAUUGACUACCCUGGCUGGCAGCAACUUUUCAGGGUUUCAGCCAGGGGACAUUCCCAGCCCUACGUGGCAGAGCAUAGCCAUCAUGGCCGGUAGCCACUGACAGCCUUCUCCUCCACGGGUUUGUCCAAUUCUCUUUUAAAGCCAUCCCAACUGGAGGCUGUUGUUACUUCUUGUGGGAGCGAAUGCCAUAGUUUAACUAUGCACUGUGUGAAGGAGUAAGCUUCUUUUAUCACAGAACAAUUAACCCAAUUCUUUCCUUGUAGACAGUAGUCCAAACUGCCCCCCCAAAAACCCCCAAAGUGAUGGGUGAACUGCAUGCAACAACCAACACAGGCAAUGGGCACCUCUUGAACAGGACAUACAAUCAGGCAUAGGACUCUUGCCUGUAUCUCAAGUGAUCUAGUAUUGUCUGCUCCCUGACUCAAGGGGAAGCACUGUCCUAAGACACAAAGGGGGGUGCAUAAGUACAGAAUCACACCCUAAGUCAGAGAUAGGUAGCCUGUGACUCUCCAGGCACUGUUGGACUCCAUCACCCGAAGCCAGCAUGGCUGAAGGUCACGGAUGAUGGGAGCUGUAGUCCAAAACGUCUGGAGGCUAACAUGCAGAGAACACCCCUGGUUAACUGUGGCUGGCAGUUAACCUAAAUCCCAGGCAGAGGUCUUGCCCUAGCCCCUUCUCCUUUAUCUGUUUUUGAUCAGAGAUGGGGGGAGGGGUUGAAGCAGGGCCCAUUGGCAUGUAAUGGCUGUGCUCUGCUGACCUACAGAUCUUCCAGCUGCAACCAUCAAAUUGCCACGUUCUUUGCCACAACAGGCCAAUCUGCAGAUUACUUUUCUGCAUCCGAGGUUGUGUUCAAGAAGGAUUGGGCCACACUUCACGUGAGAUUUUGUUUAUGAUUAGGAAAGCAAUCCAUUUGACUGCUCCCCACCCCCUGCCUACACAACCAUUUCCUCCCUCUGGUUGUUUUGGCCUAAAACUCCCACCAGCCCCAGCCAGCAUGGCUGCUGGUUAGGGGAGGCUGUUCAAAGGAUGCUUCCAGGGGAGGCUUCUCUCUUUCUUGGUGCAUUUAAUCAGCUCUCUAUAAAAAAUGGUGUUGGCAAUGGUGGGGGGAGAUUCCCAGAAGGCAGCCCUGUGUCCAGUAUUUGCAUUCUAAUGCCUUGACGGGUGAGCAGCAUUCAUUCCAGUGAAGGAUGCCCGUAUGGACCGCAGUUGGCACAAAAGAAACUCAACCACAGCCUGAAGUCUUCUUCAAUAAAUACUUUAUAAAAUAAA